AUGAAUCACUCCUCUUUGGACACCAUGUUAAUAUUCACCAUAUAUGGAUCCUUUGGCCCACUGAAUUACUUAUUUUUCAUGCUUGCUUUUAUUUUCUACCUCCUCUCAGUUUUUGCCAAUGUUUUUCUGAUGCUGGGUAUCUAUUUUGAAUCCAGCCUACACAAACCCAUGUACAUUUUCCUGUUUAACCUGGCAGUAAAUGGACUGAUAGGAAGCUCUGCUGUCUGGCCAAAAGUCAUGGAAAACGUUCUUUCAGACACACAAACGAGCUCACUGCUGGCUUGUCUUGUUCAGGUGUUUUGGACCUAUUUCUAUGUAUCUUCUGCUUAUACAACUUUGUCGGUCAUGGCCUACGACCGAUACAUCUCCAUUUGCAAGCCUUUGCUGUACCACACCAUCAUGACUCCUGGGAAAGUGAAAGCACUGCUUACUGCAGCCAACAUCAUUCCUCUCUCCUCUAUAUCGAUUCAAGUUUAUCUGACUUCCAGACUGUCACUGUGCAGGUACACCAUUCACAAGCUGUACUGUGACAACCUGACUCUCCUCAACCUCUCCUGUGGGAGAAGUGGUCUGGCUAAUCUUUAUGGCAUAUGCGUGGUGACAAGUUUAGUCGGUUUCCCUUCUAUUAUUGUGCUUCUCUCUUAUGCCAAGAUCCUCACUGUCAGUCUGAAAGCCUCAAAAGAUGCACAAAAGAAAGCUCUGAGCACGUGUUCCCCUCAUAUAAUCACCUUCAUUAAUUUAUCGUUGGCUUCUCUUUUCUUUGUGAUUUAUCAUCGAUACAGUUUACUUCUCCCAGCAGAGGUUUAUAUUUUAAUUACUGUAGAUGUAUUUGUGAUUCCCCCUCUGUUGAAUCCAAUCAUAUACGGGAUCAGGACACAGGAGAUCAGGAAAUGCGUUGUUAAAAUGGUGAAGAAAAAGCAGAGAUUGUUCCAGAUCUUUUAA